CUGUCCCCAGAAGGAAGACAAAAUGACCAAGUUCAAGGAGGCGGUGACGUUCAAGGACGUAGCUGUGGUCUUCAGCGAGGAGGAGCUGGGGCUGCUGGACGCUGCCCAGAGGAGGCUGUACCGCGACGUGAUGCUGGAGAACUUCAGGAGCCUGCUCUCAGUGGGACAUCAGUUCAUCACUCCAGAUGCUUUGCACCCCUUAGAGAGAGAAGAAAAGCUUUGGAUGAUGAAGAUGGUAACCCAGGGCUGUGGCUCCUCAGGAGACAAGCAUCUAAAGGAGCUGGAGACUCUUCAAGAAGUAGGAUUAAGGCACCUGCCCCAUGAAGACCUUUUCUGCUCACAUGUCUGGCAACAGGUUACAAAGGAGUUAACCAGGUAUCAAGAUUCCCUGGUAAAUAUUCAAGGAACUGGCUGUCUCCUGAAGAAACAAGAUGGCGCACCUUGUGAGAAUGAGGACGUCAGUAAACAUUUUCAUCAGAACUCAUGUCUUCAAGUUCACCACAGAGUCCAUGAUGGCAGAAAACCUUACCAGAGGGAGGCAUGUGAGAAAGGUUCCAUCUGGGAUUCUCAUCUUCCAGUUAACCAGAAAACCCAGGCAGGAGAGAAGCCGUACAAAUGUGAGGAAUGUGGCAACAGCUUCCGUCGGUUUUCAAGUCUUCAAGCCCAUCAGGGGGUGCACAGCAGAGAGAAGUCACACAAAUCCGAUGCACCGUGUAAGGGUUUCAGUCAAAGGUCACAGUUUGGUCAUCAGAGAGUCCCUGUUGGAGAGAAUCCACACAAAUAUAAGUGUGAGAGGAGUAUCAGGAAAAACUCACAUUGUCAAGCGCCUCUGGUGAGCCCCCCAGGAACCAAACCCUAUAAAUGUGAGGAGUGUGGGGUGGGCUUCAGUCAGAGCUCCUACCUGCAAGUGCAUCAGAGAGCCCACACUGGAAAGAAGCCUUAUAAAUGUGAAGAGUGUGGGAAGGGCUUCACUUGGCGCUCACGAUUACAGGCUCACCAGCGGAUCCACACUGGAGAGAAGCCAUACAAGUGUGAUGCGUGUGGCAAGGGCUUUAGUUACAGCUCACACCUUAACAUUCAUUGCAGAAUCCACACAGGAGAGAAGCCCUAUAAAUGUGAGGAGUGUGGGAAGGGCUUCAGUGUGGGCUCACACCUGCAAGCCCAUCAGAUAAGCCACACCGGAGAGAAGCCAUACAAAUGUGAGGAGUGUGGGAAAGGCUUCUGUCGGGCCUCAAAUCUUCUGGACCAUCAGAGAGGCCACACUGGAGAGAAGCCUUAUCAGUGUGAUGCUUGUGGGAAGGGCUUCAGUCGAAGCUCAGACUUUAAUAUUCAUUUCAGAGUCCACACAGGAGAGAAACCCUAUAAAUGUGAGGAGUGUGGGAAAGGCUUCAGUCAGGCCUCAAAUCUUCUGGCCCAUCAGAGAGGCCACACUGGAGAGAAGCCCUACAAAUGCAUUACAUGUGGGAAGGGGUUCAGUCGGAGUUCAGAUCUUAACGUCCAUUGUAGAAUCCAUACAGGAGAGAAGCCCUACAAAUGUGAGAAGUGUGGUAAGGCCUUCAGUCAGUUCUCAAGCCUUCAGGUGCAUCAGAGAGUCCACACUGGGGAGAAACCGUAUCAGUGUGCAGAGUGUGGGAAGGGCUUCAGUGUCGGCUCGCAGCUGCAGGCCCAUCAGAGGUGCCACACUGGGGAGAAGCCAUACCAAUGUGAGGAGUGUGGGAAGGGCUUCUGUCGGGCCUCAAACUUUCUGGCUCAUCGUGGAGUCCACACAGGAGAAAAGCCAUACCGAUGUGAUACAUGUGGAAAGCGCUUCCGGCAGAGGUCCUACCUUCAAGCCCACCAGAGGGUCCACACUGGAGAGAAACCAUACAAAUGUGAGGAGUGCGGGAAGGUCUUCAGCUGGAGCUCAUACUUGCAAGCCCACCAGAGGGUCCACACUGGAGAGAAACCAUACAAAUGUGAGGAGUGUGGGAAGGGCUUCAGCUGGAGCUCAAGUCUCAUAAUUCAUCAGCGAAUCCAUGCUGAUGAUGAGGGUGACAAGGACUUCCCUUCAUCAGACAAUUCAUGCAGGAAAUAA